GAGGUGGUGGCAAUAAAACAAAACAACGGACGACAACGACGACGACAACAGCUAAACACUUCAAAGUACAUGAAUACGCUAUUUAUCAAUGACAACGGCCUUUCGUUAUAAUAGUACAUGUCGUUCCUCGGUCUGUAACAUUGCAAAGUGAUAGAAACGCCAAUUGACAAGCAAAACUCUGGAGUAAGCAACCAAAAUAAAGCGGAACAAAGAGGAAGUUUGGGGCCCAAGAAACAAACAAACAAACAAAAAGAGUCAUUUGAAAAGCGGGUGCUAAUAUUUACACAAAAUCUAAAUGCCAAAAUCCAUAAGGGUAUACCGUUGUCAUCCGUCAUAGAAAACCAGCGUGGGGAGAAAAGGCCAGUGCUACAACUAAUUGAAGAUGAUAUAAAGUCGAAGCAAGGCCUGCAUGAACUACAAUUAAUAAUAGCCCCUAAGUAAAGAGUAAGAAAAAGGCAGCACAAAAACUAAAUAAGAAGAAGGAAGGCGCCAUUGUAACGUCUUCUUAGACUCCUAGAGAACAAACGAAAGUAUUUUAGUAAGUAAGACUAACAGCAAGGACGGCCAAAACCCCCUACAAUAAAUCGACCGAAGGUAACACAAUUAUACUCCCAUCUUCAACUCCCUCAAAAUAGGGUAAACAAACUUCCUUGUACCAAAACUCCCCUCCCCCAACGAAGAUGUUAACAAGAACCCAAAAAUUAAUACUCGGCGUCAGCAUACUCAUACUGGUAGAUGUCAUUUGGGUUACCUCAAGUGAAUUGACUAAGUUUCUCUACGAAGAUGAACACUUUGAGAAGCCCUUCUUUUGCACCUACUUCAAAACCUCUAUGUUUACAAUUUAUCUGCUGGUGAUAGGUCUUAUAGCACCCUGGAAAGAAUCCUGUGAGAGGCAAAAUGGCAACUAUUCGAUGAUGGACCAGAAUUCCGAAGAUGAUAGUUAUUAUUCCCACCAUCCAUCUUUGAGUGACCCUACCUUUGUGCCCAUACGUUCGGCGGCUAGUAUAGGCAAUGGACCCAUAUCGGGAACAGAAAGUGAUGAUUCCAGCAUACGUUCGGUGCGCUUUAGUAAAUUGGCUGAGGUGCGCGAAAUGUCCGCCCAUGAGGCUACUGAGGCGCUAAUGGCACGCCUCUCAUACACGGCGAGUAUGCGUAUUAAUCGCCAAAAAUCCCAUCAUAAAACGGCCAAGACAGCUUUACUAUUUUGUGUAUUGUGGUUUUUGGCCAAUUAUUUAUUUCAAGUUUCAUUGCAAAUGACUGAGACAGCUGUGGUGACUUUGUUAAGUUCCUCCUCAUCACUUUUUACACUGGCAUUGGCAGCAUUCUUUCCCUCGGCGUCGGGAGAUAAAUUUACCAUAACGAAAAUUAUAGCGGUCAUUUUGAAUAUAAGCGGUGUGGUGACCAUUACCAUUUCGGAUAUUCAUGAUACAAAUUUUUCACGCGGAGCUCUAUUGGCUUUGUUCAGCGCAUUCUUCUAUGCAGCCUAUUUGGUGUUUGUGAAAAGAAAAAGCGAUACAGAGGAAAAAGUGGAUAUACCCUUAUUCUUUGGUUUCGUGGGUCUAUGGAACUUGCUGCUUAUGUGGCCGGUGUUUUUUAUUUUAAAUUUUACCAAAAUCGAGAAAUUCGAAUUACCAAAUCAAAAUCAAUUUGCCAUUCUAUUUUUAAAUGGUCUAAUUGGCACUGUAAUUUCCGAAGCAUUAUGGUUAUGGGGAUGUUUCCUCACCUCCUCACUAAUAGGCACCAUAGCCAUGACCUUGCAGAUACCUUUGUCAAUAUUAUUUGAUGUCAUUCUUAAACGGAAGCCCUACUCACCGCUCUUCUAUAUAGGCUCUUUGCCUAUAUUUUUUGCAUUAAUACUUGUGGCGUUACUAAUGCGCAACGAUGAAUCGGAUCCCUUGAUGCGUUUGUGCAAGGUGAUCUAUAGGAAAUUUUGCAGUUGUAAAAAGCCAAAUAUUGUUAGAAUAAAUGAUGAAGAACAACAAGAAUCGCUUAUUGGAAGCAAUGACUGAUCCUUAUACUAAGUUCUCUUCCAUGAAAAAAAUGUCCAUCACAACACACAAUCACACAACCACACAGUGAAUGCCUCCAAAUUUGCUCAUUUAGACGAAAAAGAAGAAAAAGUUCAAAACUUUAAUUUGGCUGUAUUUUUAUGAAUUAUUUCACCUCCAUGGGAGUUGGAAAACUCUAAGAUUUUCUUUUAUUUCAUUAUCGGAUCUCUAUCUCUUUUAGUAUUUAAUUUUACAUAUAUAUGCAUAUCUUUCUUUAAAAUCUAUUGAACAAAUAAAAAUCCUCCCCUCCUCUUCCCCUACCUAAUCCUCCAUGUGCACCCUUCUGUUUCGUGUUUUUUUUUAUAUGAAGUAGACAAACAACAAAUAAAAACCAUUGUACAAAUUUGUAAAUUUUUUAGCUUUUUUAUUACUGAUUUAGUGUAAUUACUGUAUGUAUGUGUACUCAUUGUGUAUUUAAUAUAAUAAUGAUAAAUUUGUU